GUUGAUUUAUUUGGAAUGAUAAUUACGUCAUUUGUACUUGUUUUAGUGUUUAAUCAAGCAAUGCGAAUUCAUAUUUAGAUGUAGGUACCCGAAACGCUAAGGAACAUUUUGAGAUAAUUAUUGAUGAAGGUUAAAGCACCUCGUUUAUAGAAUUUUGAAAGCUUAAUUUAUCAGUUACCGAUAUACGUAAAGUGGAACAAGGGUGUUAUCUAGAAUCCUAUACAAGAGGAUGUUGUUAUAGUGUACUGCAGUACUAGAAAUCCAUAUCUACAAAAUAGUUAGCAUUUCUUUACUACUUCUCAAACGGGAAUGGCAUUUCAGAGACACUACGUGCCACGAGAUGUAAUUCUUUCCCAGACCACCUGCUUGCAGUCAGACAGCGAGGGGGCUAUAUGUCUUUCGCAGAUGCAUUAUCCGAGUAUACAGAUCCAAAGUUUCAGAGCGAUGACAAUGUCCAGGGUCUGCUUAGAAUAUUCAGGACGAAUUGUCCCACAUAUUUCGGCAAGUGCCAGGAUAGAAAGAUAACCUCAAGACACGUAUUUGUGGCGGUGGAAGGAACCCACAGAAUUACCAGGAACAUAGUCUCCAACAAGUUGGCCGCAAGACUCAGAGGGAACCACAUGUUCUCCCCGCCAGCCUUCAUGACUCGUACAAGACUCGUCCACAACGACACUGACGGGAUGAAACGUGCUUUCUUCAUGCUUGGUAUAUACGCUACUGCGCACAUUGUCAGAGACGCCAUCUCUGAACUUCCCGUCGUUACUGCAGGGUACUACGUCGACCAGAUCGCGUUCAGCAUUGCUAGUGCGUUCCAGCACGAGUUGCCGAACCGCAAGUCAGUAUUAUACAAGUGGCCUAAGGAUCUCCUGAAGCCAGACAUCAUGUUCUUCAUCAACACGCCUUCGCAACUGACCAAAAAGACUAUCGACCUUUUCACAUUCAGGGGAAGGAUCGUGCAGAUCUACCGAAACUGGGAACAACCACCUCCUGUGGUGGAGGUGAACAACACAAAUGUAUACGAAGGAAUGGUGGAUCUCAUGAUUGACACGAUCAGAAAAAAGCUGAACUACGAGGGAUCGCCGAUCCCAGUUGCAGAGAGUGACGAUAUAAACUGUUAUUUCUACAACUGAGUCGAGCAAACUUGGCCUACUUGUAUGGAACAAACUUGGCCUACUUGUAUGGAACAAACUUGGCCUACUUGUAUGGAACAAACUUGGCCUACUUGUAUGGAACAAACUUGACCUACUUGUGUGGGAAAUAUCAUCAUCCUUGUCUGCGACUCACUGUUAAAAAUGUGUUACUGCAGAAAUGGGACGGUGAAAUAUAUCAUAUCAUAUCAUGUAUAUCAUAAUACCUUGAAUAUUUAUAGGAAACCCAAGAAAAUGUGUUUUUAUACCCAUAUAAAAUAAAGUUUUCGUUUAUGAAUUAGA